AGUGACAGCCAAUAAAUAAAUUAUUUACACUAAUAAAUUAUAAAUGCUUACAAUAAUACGAAAUUAUGUAUAACCGAUGUAUUACGAUGUAUGUAAAUACAGUAUAAAGUACAUAAAUAAAUACAUGACAAUCAUGGAAUCCGACCAAAAAUAUAUGUUGUGAAAAUUCAAUCUUGUAGCUUAGCACCAACUAACGCUCCGCAUAGCUCAAGACGCGGUAUUGUGACUGGCUUAACUGGUGCGACUUGCGUCUUGGUACAAAGUAUCCUAACCGUGGCUGGAGAAUACCUAAAACACUUGUAAAAGCCAUCAUACUGGUCGUCGCAUCGCGCUGCGCGGCGAGUCGCGGCUCUGCGCGGCGCAGCGGCGCGCGGCGCCUCAAGGAGUACUGGCCACAAGAUGGCCAUUACAUUUUAAUUUUUUUAGUGCUAAAUAUUUUGACGGAUUUUGACAAUGUCGUGUAGUGUAAAUAGUGUUUUUAUCUUUUUAAGCAUUUUUUAUAUCUUUUUUACCUUAAGUAUACUGUUAUAGUCCAGGCUAUAUGCCUUAUGAUGUUGGAAGCAGCAGCUACGCCGGUCAGAGCGCCAGUCAACCUGCCGCAUUCCUGGAUGGGACUCUGGUUCGUGGGGCCAUCGACUCCUUUCGAAAUGGUUCUGCCGGCGGCCUCGACGGCUUGUCCCCUCAACAUCUAAAGGACCUAACGUGUUCAAGCGCCGGGGAAGCUGGUGAGUCCCUUUUGAGGGAGUUGACGGCCCUAAUUAAUUUAAUGCUCUCCGGCAAUGUGAACGAAUCCGUCAUCGACGUCUUGUACGGGGCUAAUUUAUGUGCCCUGCGGAAGAGGGAUGGCGGUAUUCGUCCCAUUGCCGUAGGUUGCACCUAUAGGCGUAUCGCAGCCAAAAUUUGCUGUGCAUUUUACAAUGAGUCGUUGGCCAGCAAAUUCCAGCCCUCACAAUUAGGCUUUGGUUCCAAAGGGGCUGCGAGGCUGCGGUACAUGCCCUUUCUACCUUUAUAA